AUGUUGUAUCAGACAGUCGUAUCACUGGGUCUUGCUACCAUUGCCCUUGCUCUUCCUAAAGACAAGGAUAGCAAGGCCCUCGCGGCCAGCAAAUUUAUCAUCGCACUCAAGCCAACUACCAAGAUAGACCUUGAUCUGCACGCUCGAUGGGUGUCGGAUGUGCACGGACAGGCCCUCGCCCACCACGGCGUCGAGUCUAGUGGAAUUGACAAGACGUUUAGUUUUCCUGGCUUUAGAGGAUACUCCGGUUCGUUUGAUGAGGAUACCAUCGAGAUCAUCAAAGCCAAUUCCAGUGUCUUGCAUGUUGAACCUGAUCAGACCUUUACUAUCGCAUCACCAGUCACACAGCAAUCUCCUCCCUGGAGUCUAUCCGCAAUUUCCAAUGCCAAUCCCCCGUCUUCGAAGGCAUCGUAUACCUACGAUUCGACAGCUGGGGCAGGGACAUUUGUCUAUGUUCUAGACAGCGGCAUCUUCCUCGAGCAUGAAGAAUUUCAAGGCCGCGCUGUUUUCGGAGCAGAUACCUCAGGCAUUUCCAGCAAGAAGCAGCACGGCACGCUUGUCGCUGCUAUCGUCAACGGUGCCACAUACGGAGUUGCCAAGAAGGCGACUGUUGUGGAUGUACAGGUUUUGGGCGAUGAUAGCGGUUCGUCUAGCGGUAUUCUGGCUGGUCUUAGCUGGGCGGUCAACGACGUGGUGUCCAAAAACCGCGCUGGCAAGGCUGUGAUCAACAUGAGCCUGUCAGGAAGUAACUCAGUCAUCUUCAACGAGGCGGUACAAAAGGCGAUUGACGCUGGAAUUCCCGUCGUCGCAGCCGCGGGGAAUGCCAAUGACGAUGCUUCAAAAAGCAGCCCCGGCAACCAACCCAACGUUAUCACCGUCGCAGCCAGCAACAAAAACUAUCAGCGAUGGGCAUGGUCUAACUGGGGGUCAGCCUGUGACAUCUUUGCUCCAGGCGAAGAAAUCACAUCGGCUUGGCCCACGUCUGCUUCGGCAACGUACAUUGCAAGCGGCACGUCAGAGGCUUCUCCGCAUGUUGCAGGUAUUGUUGCCUAUCUUUUGGCACUGGAAGGUUCGCGCACGCCAGCUCAGAUUUGGUCGCGACUUAAGGAGCUGGCGAUCAAGGAUAAGAUCACAGAUGUCAAGGGGGUUCCAAACCUAUUGGUAUACAACGGGAUUGGCAAAUAG